ACACUAACGCCCAUUUUUUUGCUAUCUUCGGCCCAAAAAGGAAAUACAUGUCCUAUCGAUGAACGCAUGAAAAAGGGACAAAUGAACACAGCGGUAUGUGUCGCACUACUCCUGAAGUGGAGCCACCCCAAUAGAAGGAUAUCACUUAUUCCUCAUCUAUAAAUGCUGCCAUAUACCGUCCCCUCAGCGACCACACCUCUCCCGCCCAAUGUCUACCUCAAUCUUUGCACAAUUCCCUCCAGAAAUAAUACGCGAUAUCUUCGAUGUCGCUGCAAAGAGCAAUCGCCAAUCAGCCCUAUCACUUUCUCUAGUCUCGUCGUGGGCUAACCGCGCUGUAGAACCCCAUCUCUAUCAUACCGUCGUCCUUAACUCUGCACGCACCCUCACAGCUUUCUUGGCUGCCAUAUCAUGUAAACCUGCCACGUUCCCAGCAACUCGUGUGCACAACCUUGCCAUAUUUGCGUUGGGUCCAAUUCAGGCUAUACACACAGUUAUAGCCAUGUGUAGUGGUGUAAAAAGCCUCGCGUGCGGAUUUUCUCUUCCUUCGUACACCCAUCUCGGUGGCUCAGCCGCCGUUCAGUCUCUCGAUAUGACUGAGCAGCAUCUCCUUGGUCUCUCGUGCCGCGAGGGGGUCGACACUUCUGCCAUAUCACCCUCAGUCACACGCCUUCGUAUCCUUCUUACUUAUCAGACGUCUCCUGCUAGCAUCGCGCGCCUCGCAGAGCUCUCCCUCCUCACACACCUUGCCGUUGUCUAUCGUUUUCGAGAACAUGUCCUUGACAUGGGCCAUAUCCACAAAAUACUCUUGCCCCUGCUUCAAUCCGACAAACUUCAUCUACUCCUAGUGCAGGUCGCAGGUGUCGGUAAUCAGACUCAUUACGAAGAAGUAGGCAAAUGGAACGCAUGGGCAACAAUGGCGCAAGGUGAUGAACGCAUAGUGGCAGAGAAAGCCCCCCAGUCACUCGUCAGACAGUGGGAGGUUGCAUCAACAGGGGGGUUGGGCGUAUGGGACGCUGCCGAGAAAGAGGUCGAAAAGCGCUGUACCUUCAGAGCAUGCAACUUGGUCAGCUGAGGCAUGUCAAAACUAUAUCACAUACAUCCCAUGAUACCCGCAUAUUGUAGACUGGAUACUAGCAACCCACAUGAACAGUGUAAUCAGUAUCGUAACUUGCUGUAAUCAAUAUUUUCAGACGAACCGGGAGCGUUACACAAAUUGCCGUUCUAUCGAAGUUCACCAGCCCGCCCAGCUGCAAACACUAUAACUAAGCGCAUAUAUGUAGCGGUGAAAGGAAUGACCAACCCUCAUUAUGGCGAAAUUGCAAGAUCAACCAUUUCCCUGACACCGCCCUCCCAGUCGUCCCAGCACACCGAAUACACCCUAUCGUCCCGCCCCAUCUGGUCUGGCAAUGGAUCCCCCUUCCUUGAACGUUUCCCUUCCUCAUGCUCCCCCACCUCCAUAAUCUUUCCCCACCUCUCAACACCCCCACUGCAUGCGUCGCAACGUGCGUCCGCUGAAACGCAGGUAACACGAUGACAGGAGCAAUUUCAGUCUUGAGUUCUCCUAUCGACAUGUACAUGUACCCAAUCACGCCAGCUGCACUCCUUCCGAGCUCUGGACGGCCUGGGCGAGCAGGAGAUUCUCGGUGCGUCAGCGCAUAUAUAGUUCAAAGUGGGUGAGCACGUCACGCGGAGUAUCGCGUCGGGCGAUCAUCCACCAGAAAAAGGCCUCACUUUUCCCUUGCAUGCCCUCAAGGUAGGCCUCAGCAUGGACUCGAGGUAUAAAGGGUGUGAGAUGGACGCGAUCAGUGGAGAGUUGGGCAGGAGAACUUGGAUAUGGAAAGUCGACAUUUAUGUCAUACGGUUCUGGGCCAUAGAGCUCGUCGUCCGACAGUGUCACUGACUUCAAGGGCUCAUACAAGUUGAU